CACGGAGGAAGCGAGAGGCCGGCCACAGCAGCUCGUGUUUAAGCAAGACCUGAAAGCUGAUCCUUUUAACUUUUUUUUUUUUUUUUUCUCUAAAUUACAAUUAUUUUAAAGGGCUGUGGACGACCAGGAUGCCCGCGGAGCUGAAUAGAAGUGCGCGCCGCUCGGGGGUCGCGGCGCUCUGUGGGCAGAUCCCGAUAUCUCUGAGGGGCGGAUGGAUUGUUUAAUAUCAGCUGGAUGUUUGCAGACGGGGUUUUGUCAGAUUUUGGUCUUUUGUUGGUCUCGUCUACUAGUUUGACUUUGGAUCCUUUUGUUUUUUCCUGGCUGUCCAUUUUUCACUUGUAUUUACUUUCCUUUGUUAUAAUAAGAUCCCGACUUUUAAUUUCCUUUUUGGAUACUGGACCUGGAAUCCAACGAUGGCUUUCGGUGUCCCUCUCGUGUUGGCACUGCUGUUACUAUUGAACGGUCUGGGCGAAGCUUUAAGUUGCCAGCUGCCACACGACUGGAGACCCCAGACGGAGUCGUGCAGAGCGGAGCUCGCCGAGAUCAUCGUGUUUGCCAAAGUCCUCGCCGUCUACAAGGACUCUUACAGCGUUUACAAUUACCUGCCCUGGCAGGACAACACGGACCUGUUCUUCUCCGCCGAGAUCGAGCUGCUGUGUGACCAGGCGUGGGGCAGCAUGCUGGAGGUGCCCGCCGGCUCGCGCUUCAAUGUCACCGGGCUCGGCUACUUCCCCUGCCAAUCGUACACCGUCAUGGAGGGUAACACCUAUUACUUCUUCUUAAGGAUGGAUGAAAAUUACAACAUCGUUCCUCACGGCGUUAACUUCCAGGAUCCCAUCUUUCCCGAUUCACCUGAAAACCAACGCAUGUUUUCCAGCCUCUUCCAGUUUGCAAACUGCUCCAGUGGCACGCUGGCUCAGGCCUACACACCAGACUGGGAAGCUCAGGAGGACAGCCGGUUGCUGUGCUCAACUGUACAAAAGGCUUUGUUGGAGGAAGAGGAGCAUGUGAAGACGCUCUUGAAGAAGGUGCGCGUACUGGAGAAGGCAAACAACCACCUUAAAAACAAAGUGAGGAAGAUGAAGAGCUUAUUACGGCAGGCCAAGAAGGAGAGCAAGCAGGAGGCCCUGCUCCUCAAGAAGCAGCAGCAGCAGCAGAAGGUCAAGGACAAAGCGGCAGCAUCCCACCCAAAGGUGCUCCUCAACAAACCCAUGAAGAAGCUCAACAACAACAACAAACUGAAGAAGUAACUGGGAAUCACGGCACGGCAGGGACAAACCCCUGGCAUGGACAGAUUUGUGACCCUCCAAAGUCAGCGAGGCGCAGCGAUGCAGAUGUUCUUUACUCCUUUGGACGUCGACUGCGACUCCUACGUUUCUUCUUAGAAGUUCAACACAAGAGCAUGCUUUGUAACUUUUAUUUUUUCAUUUCAUAGCUGGUCUGCAUCUCUGGACCGGGAUACACUUAAUGAAGCACUUUAAAAAGUUGGAGGGCUGCUGGGAUCAGAAAUGUGGGUGAGGAGAUGCCACCACACAACCACACUGCCCUUCUGUGCUGGGCAUAGAGGGGUGGGCCAGAUAGCAGAUUACCAGUAAACACCAUUCGAAAAAAAGAAUGGGAUAGAAUUAUGAAAUAAAGUUGAUCUGGGUGGCACCACAGCUGUGGAGGUAGGACCCCUUAGUCAUUGCUACAUAUGAGCGGAAUUUGCACGUUCUCCCUGUGCUCACAUGCUACACUGCAUUGAGGAUCACUGACUCCGAUUUGUCUGUGGUGUGUGUGGGUAUCCCUCCUCCCCAUUAGGGUCCUACCCUGAUGCUGCCGGGAUAGGCUCCAGCACCUCUUGACCCUGUCAUGAAAUCAAUGGGCUGUGAGACCAUCUGCUCAGAUCUUUCCCAAUAUCUCUUAACCCAGACAAGCACACCCAGGCUUCUGGA